CCUAUCUAUAAGUAGUUAGAGACGUCCAUUCCCCAAUUCAAGAAACAAAUACACAAAAUACAACAGUUCCAAUUCCCUCCAUCUCCAACCUAAGAUCUGGGCGCGUGACAUAUAAUUACUUCCAUAUAUCUCCACAUAAACAAGUCCAUGGCCAGUCCGAAAUUGAAGGCGCCGGUGGCGAUCAUAAGCAAGCUGUACUGCUCCCCGUCGCAGGUGGUGCUGACGGUCAGAAAACGGCCCCAAACCGUCACCGGCGGCGGGUUCGUGGUGACGGAGGAUUCGACCCAGAGUGUCGUUUUUCGGGUGGAAGGCUGCGGGGUGCUGGGAUCGCAAGGGGAACUCGUGGUCCGCGACCGCGCCGGAGACGCCUUGCUUCUCAUCCGUCGCAAGGAAGGCGUGGUCCAGGCGCUGAGCAUUAACAGGAAGUGGAAAGGCUACAGUUUUGAUUACGAAGGGAUCAGGAAGCUGGUGUUCAAGCUGAAGGAGCCCAAUUCGUGCUUGGGCCGGACCAGCGCGAUCCGGAUCUCGACGGAGCCCAGGAGGUCCAGCGGCGGGGACUGGGAUUUCGAGGUCCAGGGCCGGUUCCCGGAGAAAGCCUGCACCAUUGUGGAUCAUUUGGGCCGCAUCAUGGCCCAGAUUGGAGUGGAGAAAGGGAUGAGAAGCAUGGAUUUGUACUACGUGGUGGUGAAGCCCGGAGUGGAUCAAGCGUUUGUGUUCGGAGUGAUUGCGGUGCUUGACAACAUUUACGGUGAAUCCACGGCCUGUUAGAAAUUUCAAACGAUUUAUUUAGCGACUAAGGAAUCUGACGGGGAAAAGAAAGACACGGGAUUUGAAACCCACUGAACUAAGGAAUUCUAUUCGAAAAUCUAGGGUUUUUCUUUUUCUUUUCACCUUCUUCCUUUGUCAUGCAAAAGCAAGCUAGUGGCUGGUAAAUUGACUGCUGCUGCUGCUUUUGCUUUUCUUGUUACAUUGAUUCAAUGCAUCUUUCUUGUUUGUAAGUGUGGUUCAUUAAAUCUUUGCACAUAGUUUUUACCAUAAUUGGAUAUGAAGACUGUGUUUUUUUUUGUAAUACAUAUCCCCAAAAAGAAAAAAAAGAAAAAAAUUGUG